UUGGCUACACAGAAGUGAGACACGAAGAUCGCAUAUCGGGUCGUCCCUUGGCGGCGCCUGGCGCGGGGCGAAUCAGAUCGUACAGGACCCCCCUGAACCGGUCGUUCUGGUUGAAGCUAUUCCUGGUUGGGGUUGGUUCGCCUCCCACACCGAGACCCAUAAGCUCAUGCUUAAUUGUGAGUCGAUGUACCAUACAUAACCCCCAGUCAGUUGCCGUCACCCAGUCAUGAUUGGCGUUGUCAUUGGCCCUGGGAUGUGAGAUACAGCGGCAGGUCCUUCUUCGUCUGCUUGUUGCCUCUCAAAAGUGACUCUCCUUCGCUUUCGAUUCGUUCUCGAUGAUGCUUCUUUGGUUUCUAGCCCCGCGCCCGAUCUGCAAAGCCACUGCCGUGUCAAGGAGGUACAGACACUCUUCCUGGACGGGAUCGGCGUUCAUCCAUGCGGCAUGUUCCUCACACAUCAGAACCUGGGACCCAAAGAACCAACACAUCGGUCCCCCGUCCCUAAGGGAUGCCAUGUUGGCCUCUCAGUGAGGCUCAGUCCAGGCUCCUGGUUGGUUGCCGGCAUUUCUCGCGUUGGGUUCCUUUAAUUCAACCUGCUCCAGGGGGCCCCGAUACACCGCUCCAACGGGAGCUUCGAACGCGGUUCUGGCGUCGAGGCCGUCAUCGGACGCAUCUUCCCACCUGCUCAGUUUGGAAAUCGUGAUGAAGUUCGAUAUGAUCAAGGGGUGGGGGGAAGAAACACUUCUGAACCUCUCGUAUAUGCUCGUCAAGAGACUCAAUGAACUGACUGAGAGUGCGAGUUCCAAGUAUAAGACCGGCCUCUCUGCCUCACCUUGAAUGACAUGCUCAUCACACAAUUGUCGAUACACCCUCGUUAGCUCUCGGACAUCAACGACCUCAGUCAUUCAUUUAGACACCAAGCCGCUCGCUAUCUGGUCAUUUUCACAAAACCUCUUCACUCUCUUCAGUCUCUCACUUUCCCCACCGAACCACCAUCAACACGAUGCACGCCGCAACGCUCCUCGCUCUCCUCCCCCUCGCCGCUGUCGCCGCCCCCUCCCGACGCGCCCAGCCCGCUCCGCUCAUCAAGCCGCGCGGCGGCACCCUCGUCGCGGACAAGUACAUCGUACGGCUCCGGAACGACGCCGGCACGGGCGCGAUGCGGACCGCCAUGGCCGCCUUCGCCGCCGACGCCGACCACGUCUACAACUUCGGCGGCGCCUGGCGCGGCUUCUCGUCGACCCUCAACGCCUCCGAGGUCGCCGCGCUGCGGGACGACCCGAACGUCGACUCGGUUGAGCAGGACGCCGUCGUCACCAUCAGCGCAACGCAGAGGAACGCGCCCUGGGGUCUUGCGAGGCUGUCGAGCGCGAAGCCCGGGUCGACGACGUACAGCUACGACGAGAGCGCGGGCGAUGGUACGUGUGCGUACAUUGUCGAUACGGGUAUCGACGUCGAGCACCCUGACUUUGAGGGCCGCGCCAGCUUCCUCGCCAACUUCGCCGACGACUCGGACACGGACGGCCAGGGCCACGGGACCCACGUCGCCGGCACCGUCGGCUCCGCGACCUACGGCGUGGCCAAGAAGACGAAGCUCUUCGCCGUCAAGGUGCUCGACGACAAUGGCGAGGGUACCAACUCGGGCGUCAUCGCCGGCAUGGACUUCGUCGUGUCCGACGUUCGCGGGGGCCGGGAAGGGUGCUCUAGGGGCGUCGUCGUCAACAUGUCGCUCGGCGGGCCGACUUCGGCUGCGGUGAACGAGGCGGCCGCCGCCAUCGUACAGGCGGGACACUUCCUGGCCGUCGCGGCGGGCAACGAGGCCGCCGACGCGUCGACGUCGUCGCCCGCGAGCGAGGCGAGCGCGUGCACCGUCGGCGCGACGGCCGAGGACGAUUCCCUGGCCGAGUACUCCAACUUUGGGGCCGUCGUGGACAUCCUGGCGCCCGGGUCCGAGAUCGAGAGCACCUGGCCCGGUGGCAGCACUGACACCAUCUCCGGCACCUCCAUGGCCAGCCCUCACGUUGCAGGUCUGGCUGCUUACCUCCUUGGCCUCGGCUCCGCGCCUUCGGACCCGGUCGAGCUGUGCAGCUACAUCGCCGAGACGGCCCUCGACGGCGUCGUCGGCCAGGUCCCGCGCCGCACUGUCAACAAGCUAGCCAACAACGGCUUCGCCGGGAACGGCACCGCCAAGGUGACGGACGGAUCAGUUGUUGGCAGGCAGCUUAACACGAGGUUCGCUGUUCGCUCCUAGAUCGGAGACAGGAGAAGAGAGGAGAUCUUUGUUCCAAGAGGUGCUUCAAGAAUUUGGAUGAACAUUGGAUCGGAAUACAGUUGGGCGGGAGUGAUGGCACGACUCGGUUCUCAGGAAGAGUCGAGUCAAUGAUAUUCUACUUUGUAAAUUAUAC